AUGUUCAUCCUCACGCCUACUCUGUACAAGUCUGUUCUCAGCACGAUGCUCCUCACACAACUCUUCAUUGCGGCCUCCGCUUCAGCAGCCGUUAUCACAAGCAGACAGACCGGCAAUGGCGCCCUUCAAAGUGGUGGUCAGACACUUGUUCUGAAGGAAGUGGGAGGUAUCCCUGGCAAUGAAUGCUUGACUUUCCGCAAUAAUGGCGAGAUUGUGGAUGCAGCCUGUGUGAAUACAGCCGCAGACCGGCAAUUGACACCUUCUACUUUCGCUGGCGCCGACGUCCUUGCAGUACAACGUUCUUUCUCGAACGGCUUUCGUCCAGACUUGGUCAACACACAGGCUUGUGUUGGCUUCAACGGGACACACUUCAAAGCAAUUGAUUGCGCAGACAAUAGUCUGGAUCCUGUUAGUUUCCAGAAUGGGCAGCUUGUCAGCGCAAGUGGUGCGUGCCAGAGUGGGCAUGACAAUGCUGCUCAGAUCACGGUCGACCCUAGUGGACAAAACUGUGCGCAGCUUGAGAGCACUGCCGUGCAGCCAACGUCAACAUGA